CGGACACCAAGAAAACAAAAUUACAGAUACGUUGGGGAAAGUGUCGGUAGAUGGUAGUGCUGUCAAACUUCGAGUGCGUGAGUGCAUGGCGUUCGCCGAUGGAUAUUGCACAUUUUUGCAACCGAGAUACGGCUCCCUGGAAAGCUCUCCCCAGCUGAGGCCGCCUAUGCAGCGGAAGUCCCUCUUGUUUCUCGGGAGGCCUCGAUCGGCGCUCGCAUCAGCUGCACAGUUCCUUCACUGAUUGUGUCUUUACACGCGAUUCUUCCCGAGACACAGGGCAGCAUACUACACAGCGGUACCUGGGGGACGGCUUAGCUGCUGCUAGUACCAACCGGGGAAGGAGGAGCACCAUUACAUCACGGACGCUUUUAGUAUUCAUUUGUGAUCUUGUGACUGGGCUUUAGUUCAACUGGAGCGUGUGAUGCGUACAGCAAGACUUCAGUGGACGAUGACAAGUCAGCAGGACCUGUACAUCGACUCCACUGCCGUGAAGAAGGAGCCUCUCAGCCCUGCCCACAACGGGAUGCUCACCAGCGACAUUGUCAGUGCCACGACCGAGGCACACCACAACUACGCUCGCACAGUUAUACCAAAUGGAACUGACUACCACCAUCAGGAGAAUGGACACCACAUGCAGAAUGGUCACAACUCGUCAGAUGAAGAGAAUAGGUAUGACUCGAACUCCUCCAGUGAGAUACUUACAAAUGGUGCGGCAGAAGACCGAAUGAUGAAGUGCGAGUAUAUGCUGCACUCGUUGCCCAAGCGGCUAUGUCUCGUCUGUGGUGAUGUUGCAUCUGGGUUUCACUAUGGAGUGGCAUCGUGUGAAGCCUGCAAAGCUUUCUUCAAGAGGACAAUACAAGGCAACAUCGAGUACAGCUGUCCUGCCACAAACGAGUGCGAGAUUACCAAGCGGCGCCGCAAAUCCUGUCAAGCUUGCCGCUUCACCAAAUGUCUCAAAGUUGGCAUGCUCAAAGAAGCACUGAGGAUCAAACCCCGACCACAGCUGGAGGGAGUACGACUGGACAGAGUCCGAGGUGGUCGCCAGAAAUACAAACGCAAAAUUGAUGCUGACCCAUCGUCUUAUGUCCAACAAGCUCCGGCACUUAAAAAGCCCUCCAAUGGACCAGGCCGCACGCGACAUGUCCACAAUUCUGUCCCCAAGAAGUUUGUGCUAGCGGGCGGUGGUACCAAAACAAAACGACAGGUCGUCACUUGUCCAACCAACUCACACAAGCAGCAUGGCAGAAAAGUGAACAAGAUCGUUGCCCACCUGAUGGUGGCUGAGCCUGAGAAGCUGUAUGCCAUGCCCGACCCCACCACACCAGACAGUGAGCUGAAGACUCUGACCACGUUAUGUGACCUGGCAGACCGGGAACUAGUAGUCAUCAUUGGCUGGGCAAAGCACAUACCAGGCUUUUCCAACCUGUCAUUAAGUGACCAAAUGAGCCUGCUGCAGAGUGGCUGGAUGGAGAUCCUGAUCCUGGGGCUGGCCUUCCGCUCGCUGCACUACGACUCCCGCCUGGUGUUUGCAGAGGACUACAUCAUUGACGAGGAGCAGUCCCGCGCUGCAGGGCUGGAGGAGCUCAGCAGGCACAUUCUGCGGCUGGUGGGGAGGCUGAAGGCCCUGGGAGUGGAGAAGGAGGAGUUUGUGGUGCUGAAGGCCAUGGCACUCCUCAACUCAGACUCUGUGUAUGUUGAGGACCAUGAGGCAGUGCAGAAGUUACAGGAUGUCCUCCAUGAUGCUCUCCAGGACCACGACCUGAAUGCCCAUCCUUCUGACUCCCGCCGCAUCGGUAAGAUCCUCAUGAUGCUGCCGCUACUCAGGGAAGUCGCCACCAAAGCCGUGCAACACUUCUACACCAUCAAGAUGGAAGGCCAGGUCCCCAUGCACAAGCUGUUCCUAGAAAUGCUUGAUGCCAAGAUAUCAGAAGUUGUGUGUAAAAAGAUGUACUAGUUUAACUGCAUAGGGACAUAGGGACCCAUCCUUGAACUUUAACCCUUUCAGGCAGCAUAAGAAUUGAUUCUUGUCUUUGAGUAGGGAAAGGUUUUAGAAUCACUCAAGCAUGAUCUGAUCUAAGACAUUUUUUGUUUGUUUUAGCUUGACAAUAUUCUUCUCUAUAUUCUGAUCAAGGUUUAAGUGAAUAAUACCUCUCAAUUGAUCUUAAUUGAAACUGAAAAACAAAGAGAAGUUCUCAAUCUUGGUGUACAUCUUUGCUCCCUCCCAACAUUUAAUGUGGCAUGCAUGAGUUGACCAUGAGUGGGAAAAGUUUGAAGAUGGGUCAUACUAGUUAACCCUGAUUGAAGCAAGUUCUGCCUGGAUUCUGGACAGAGGUAGGGUAAGAUUUGUGUCCCAACCCUAAAGCUUCUUGGCUCAACCUCCUAGCAGUAGCCAUUCUUGCAGAGUUGAGAUGUUUAUAUUGUGUUUCUGCAAGAGUGAAGCUGGAACUAUGCAGGAAUAGACAUUUUACUUACAGCUGAAACAUUUUAGAAAGACAUAUUGCAUUAACCCUUACCCAGGAGAUACUGUACUGCCGAGAAUCCAUGUUUUUCAUAAGUGUUUAUAAUUUGUAAAGAUCUGCUGAUUGAAUGACUAUGUUAUUUAUACUUGAACUGCUUGUGUUGUACAUGGUGCUUGUAGAGAAUGUAAUUAUUUCCUUGAUGUCCGUGUAUGGAGAGUUUUAAGAGUGAUUUAAUGUACAGAAUUCACUAAAUCAGUAUCAGUAGAGUAUGAAUUUGAAGCUAGAAAUUGGCUUUCUUUGCAGUUUAUAUGUUUGGUAAUACUCUGCACGAUUAUGAUUUUUUUUCUUCAUCAUUGGUAAUGCUGUAUUGAACUGAAGCUUGUACAUAGCCAGCUGUGUCACAAAGCAAGAUUUUGAUAUUGUUUUCUGUAUGUGAAAGUAGUGGGUUUGUGCCAAUGUUAUAUGCUGGAAGAUGAUGUAUACUUUGUUAUUAUAUUAUUUAUAAAAGAACAGAUUUAUAUUUGUUGUUGUUGUUGUUGUUGUUGAACUCCACAUGUUGGUACUGUAGCUAUGCAUGAUGUUGUGACAAUGGUUCUGUACAUACCAGGUCGCAACAUUCAUUACACAAAAAGAAUGUUUUUCCCAAGAAAAUUUUUUUCCUCUGAUCAGAAAGAAUGUUUUUAUGACAAACUCAGUAAGGAAGUUUCCCCAGUUUCAGACACUACAAAUGUCUUCUGAAUUAUGUUGCAAGGCUUUGUGACUUAGUCCCACUGAAAAAGCAGAGAGUCAGACAGAUCUAAAGAAGAACACAGUCAACCUUUCUGAACCAUUGAUACAUCAGUCCCACCUCAUUUAUAGACAUGUAGGUCAGAUGUACAGCAAAUGCAUCCAGUCCGUGUACCAAAUGAAACUAUGAACACAACUAGAAAACCCUCUUAUAAUCCAUUGAAACAGUGAAAUAUCUAAAUUUAUAGAUUUCUUCAAAUCAGAGUUCCUUCAGAUCAGAUGAAACAAAUGCAGUCUAUGUUCUGAUGUUGAAUUGUUUGUAUUCAAGUAUCAUUUAGGGUAAGAGAGACUCGCUCCCAUGACAAACCUGUCCAUGUUUUGUGGAUAGCUCAAUUUUGUAGUAGAACCACUGACUAGUGGUAGAUCAUGUUGGAUAUAACCCUGUAGUAAGUACAACUUCUGUGGCGGUAGCUGUUCUAGUUGUGUGUUGGACCUGUGGUUCUUACUUGUUACAUAUCAUGUUCCCAGUAUUACGUAGGAAAAAGCCAUUGUAUACCUUUACCUAUAUCCCUGGAAAGCUGUGAACUUAGUUGACAUACUAUUACCAUUGGUAAGCACCAAGCCAAACCAAUGUUCAAAAUAUGGCUAUGUUGCAGAUGUAGCACCCAGGUUCUGUGGGUGGAUGUGUCCAAAAUGGAAAAAAGAUGUCUGUCCAACUUUGUCCAGUUUUGUGAAGCAGCAAUCCUGCCAGAGGACUACUUGGGUGCCCCACAGUCAAAGGGUGUUUUACUGGGACUUUUAAUCAAGGUAGAUGAGAGUUUAUUUUGAGAAUGUUAGCAAAGAAAUUGUAUUGGGAACACGUCGGGCCCCUCAGCUCCGAUUCUGCUGGGAAUGCUGCUGUAAAAAGUAUCUGAUUCACUAGACGUCAGUCCCAUUGUUCCAAUGUGUAGAGUUUUGUUGGCUGUCUAUUUCUGUAUUAGACACAGGUUGAUGGUUGUGGAGAUCUUCACUGUUAGGUGGAAAACAGCCCUUGUGUUCACCAGCACUUGGAUUGAUUUUCAUUUCUAUUGCAGAAGGUCCUUUAUGCUGUGUACAUAGGCGCAGCACUAGAUGUUUUAUCAAUAAAGGUGUCUAUGGAUUUA